AGAGAAUUCCAGAUGGUUUGGUGGAUUUCUCUGCUACUGUAUUUGCUUCAUACAAGUAACGCAGAGCAAACGAUCGUUGAGGGUCCACAAGAGACAUUCGUCCUACUUGGGCAAACUGCAGUGCUGAAUUGCAAAGUAGACAAUCAGAAAGGAGCCGUUCAAUGGAUGAAAAACGGUUUUGGGUUAGGUGUUGAUCGUCAGCUAAAAUUCUUUCCAAGAUAUUCGAUGAUAGGUAGCGCAAGUGAAGGAGAAUAUAAUUUACAGAUUACGAACGCCACUGUCGAUGAUGACGAUGUGUACGCUUGUCAGAUAAGUGAAGUCGCUCAAGAACCAUCAGUGAUUUCCAAUCCGGCUAAGUUGACAGUUCUAAUUCGACCUACUCCUCCGAAAUUGCACAAAACGAAUCACGUAAUAAACGCGAUAGCUGGAGAAACUGUCGUUCAAUCUUGUCUUUCUAAAAAAGGUAAACCGCCACCUCGUCUAGGAUGGGCAUUAAGUACCGAUCCAGAUGGGAGAAAUAUCGCUACGUGGCUCGGUGAGACCCGAGUAAAGUUUUCACAUCUAUUCAAAACAUCUGGAAUCACGCAAGAAUCUCUGCAAGCUGAGACGGAAGAUGAGUGUUUGUUUCAAACAAACAUAUUAGAAAUAUUCCAUUCUAGUUUUAUCCCACGCCCUGAUGAUGAUUUGAAAUAUAUUUUAUGCCUCAGUCAGCAUGAUACCUUUCCAGAAAAGAAUGAGGUGGAUUCUGUGAAACUCGUGCUACAAUACGCUCCACGGGUUAACUUGACGUUGGCAUCUACGCAUCGUCUUCGAGAAGGCGGUUCUGCUCUCCUGGCCUGUAAUGUGGACGCGAAACCACUCGACAACAUUCAUAUCUCGUGGUUCAAAAAUGGAAACCAACUUCUACCUCAAACCACUGAUACAUUGGCAUUUGAAACGCUCAAAAUGGAGGACCACCGGGCCGAGUACACUUGUCAGGCAUCAAACAUUAUCGGCACCACCCAUGCUACACUGAAGAUGGACGUCUCUUUUGCGCCGCGAAUUAUGUCCACUCCGCAGGAAAAGGAAGUGAACAUGGGUGAAUCGGCAUCGUUUCGAUGUGAAGCGGUCGGAAAUCCGCUACCGACUGUAUUCUGGACACGAGCAGGAGAUGAACAAGUUAUAUCAAAAGGCGACACAAUUACCAUCGAAAAUGUUCGGAUUUGGCAACAGGGCGAAUACAUAUGUACUGCCGUAGUUGAGAGCUUCAAGCAUGCGACGAUGUCACACUUUCUUCACAUUCGUGGCCCUCCUGUGAUCACAGUUCCAGCUGAAUUGUCGGCCAGAGUCGGUGAGACGGCAGAGAUGUCGUGUCGGAUUAGUGGUCGACCAAAGCCACUCGAAACUCAGUGGACAAAAAAUGGCGAGCCACUGAACUACGGUAGUGGAAGAAUGCAAGUGCGUCAAAUUCCACGUUCAUAUGGUGUCGAAAGUCGUUUAACCAUUAAAGAAUUGCGGAACGUAGACAUGGGAUUGUAUAACUGUACGGCCAGCAAUGGUAUUGGUCACGAUUCGAAGGGUGUUCUUUUGAAGGCGAGAGGAAUGACCGACGUAUUCGCAGCCGGUCUUCUAAUGUUGCUUCUGUUUGCAUGUUGUUAUAUGAUUUGCAAACGACACAGAUAUUCAGAAAAAAGCAAAAAGUUUGUAGACGAUCCAUCUGAAGUAACAGUGAAAUGUGAAGUUCUUGAUGGUUCAUUCUUUCCUGAAAUGUAUAGUUGUGGAGCAGAAGUUGGGAAUGUUGUCUCAUCAAAGGAUUAUAUAUCGAUUCCGCAAAAUAAUCCAGAUUUGGAUUAUAUACAAUCUUCAACAUUUUCAAACUCACUCUAUCCAAAAUGCGUUAAUUCGUCGUCGACUGAGUACAACGUGAUGUGUGGCCGAUAUGAACACUCGUACGGCUCGUUCGCUUCAGGAGUCUCAACACCAGGAGGUUUAUCGGAUUUAUAUGGUGUACCAGUGGAAAAAAUGCAAGGAUUAGAAACUCUUCAAGAGAUCGACACACCAAAAACCUCCAAUUAUAAUUUUUCAUCAUCACCUGACAAAAUUCGACCACCCAGUCGGACGUCAACCCAUGUAUAG